ACGGCCCAAAGGCGUUGGUGGAUGGUAUCCGUACGAAGAUGCGUUGCACCCAGGCAGCAUCAGUACCAGCUCCGCCGUGCUAAGAAACCAAAAAGCGGGGGACCGAGGAGGACUACCGGCGGUAUUUGCAGCUCGGGCGGCGCCGGUGCAUCAGGGCGGCGACAUGGGGGACCAGAAGGAAUCCCUGCGUAAGAUCACCCACACGCUGGCCAUGAAGAACGAGGAGAUCUCAAACUUUGUCUGCACUCUAAAACAGAGCCUGGAAAACCUGGAGACAAACUCCACCAGAGUCCAGGAGGACCUGGAGACUGAGUUCAACUCCCUUCAUGCUGUUCUCGACGAGAUGAAGGAAACCAUGUUGACCCGGGUCAAACAGGAGAGAGCCAGCCGCACAUACGAGCUACAGAGUCAGCUGAGCGCCGGUUCUAAAGCCCUGGAGAGUUCAGAGGAGCUGUUGGAGCUGGCCAAUCAGACGCUCUGCUCCUCUCAGACAGAUGGUUUCACUCAGGCGGCCAAAGACAUUAAGGAUAGUGUGACAAUGGCUCCAGCUUUUCGCCUCUCCCUGAAGGCUAAAGCCAGUGACAACAUGAGUCACCUGAUGGUGGAUUUCAGCCAGGAGAGGGGGAUGUUACAGGGCCUCAAAUUUCUCCCAGUCCCAGCCACUCCAGAGAUCCAGGUCGCAGAGUGCCAGGUGUGUGACAACACAGUGACUGUUACUUGGACCUUACCGGAGCCUGACAAUAAGAUAGACCACUUCAUACUGGAGCAUCGACGCACAAACCACGAGGGUCCUCCACGCAUCAGAGAGGACUACCCCUGGAUGGUAGUGGAGGGGAUACGAGAAAUGGAGCACACACUCACAGGUUUGCGCUUUGACACGAGAUACUUGACGUUCAGAGUGAGAGCGUGUAACAAGGCUGUGGCAGGAGAGUUCUCUGAGCCGAUUACACUAGAAACUCACGCCUUCAACUUCAAACUGGACUCUGGCUCCUCCCACCAGAACCUGAAGAUUGAAGACUUGAGUGUGGAGUGGGACAGCAGCGGAGGAAAGAUACAAGACAUCCGCAAGGAGAAGAACCGGACCAACUCUCCGAUGCACUCUCCAGCCAGGUCAGCUCUGAUGUCACCAAAGAGAGCACCGACAGCCCGGCCUGGCAGAGACAGAUUCACUGCAGAGUCCUACACAGUGCUGGCUGACACAGUGAUCGACGCGGGCCAGCAGUACUGGGAGGUGAAGUUUGACAAAGAGAGCAAGGCCUUCGCUGUGGGCGUGGCCCUGCGCAGCCUCGGACGGUUCGACCAGCUGGGGAAAAGCGGCGCUUCCUGGUGCAUCCAUCUCAACAACUGGCUGCAGCAGAGCCUUACAGCUAAGCACAACAACAAGGCUCGAACACUGGACUGUCCCAUCCCAAACAGUGUCGGGGUCUAUGUUAAUUAUGAUGAAGGUGUUCUGUCUUUCUACAACUCCAAAACUAAACAGCUAAUGCACACUUUCAAAACCAAGUUCCAGCAGCCAGUUAUACCAGCGUUCAUGGUGUGGAACGGCAGUUUUUCGGUGGUGACGGGCCUGCAGGUCCCCAGCAUAGUGCAAAGCGGGCAGAGAAAAAACAGCAACACCAGCAGCUCCAAUGCCAGUCUCACUUAGACCCAUCCAUCGAGCCAGCUGGACGCCCUCCAGCGCUGCUCCAGUGCAGUCACCGCUGCAGACAUCACCUCUGCUGCAGUCAAAGCCAUAUCAUGGUAGAGUUACAUCACUGGAAUCCAUUGGUUGAGCCUGUUCCACAUGCAGUGUCUGUGUUGCAUGACAAAAAAUGGUUUUCGGAACGAGUGAGUCAUCCGUGCCGUCAGGCAGAAUUCUUCAGAAGUGUGACUCUUGACUGCUGUGGUUGCUUGGGACACGUUAGCUUUAGUCUUACUAGUAUUCCUGUCUACACAUUCUUUCAGCACUGUCCCACUGCUGCUAGAGCAAUGAUUUAGCGCUGGCCGCUGCCCUUCUUUCCUGUCCAUCACCAAAACUUUCAGCCGUACUGUCAAUGCAGCCAGCUGCAGGCACAGGGUCAAGGCCUGUCCUGUGUGCUCUCCCCCUGUGCCUUCCUCCUCAUUUCCAAACUGUAAGGCCAACAUGCUAAUAAUUCACUGCAAGAAAUGGUCUCCUUAUACAGUAACAAUGUAUUGUGCAAGUGUCAUUGUAACCUGAGACGUUGCUUAGUGUUAAUUACCAAGUACUGAAUCUGCCUCUAUUCAUCAACCAACCUAUGUUAUCCAAAUAACAACUUGCUACUAGACAAUGCUACGGAAUAGAAUGUAGUUCUUUACUCUAUCAGGAUUAUUCAACACUACUUUGCCAGCACAUAGUACAUCAUAAGAAAUAACCAACAUACACUAAGGAUGGUUUUUUUUAUGUUUCUUACAAAGGCAUGCAGAAUUAACAGUUUUUACUACACGUCACUGUCUGUAGUCGGGUCCCACACUUUGCGUGCAGGAAAACUAAGUUCUUUAACCUCCUGCUGAGGUUCACUUAGUUUUAAAUCAGAGUCACUAUGAGCUGUGGGCUUAAUCUGACAGCUCGACUCUGCACAGAAAGUUAGAAGGGAGCUUUCGUCAGUGUUACCACAUGUAGAGGAGUCCGAGUGUUCAGAUAUGGCUUCAGGAGUUUGGAAAUGACUGUACUGUAUACAUUAUAUUCACCUGACUGCACCCUAAUGCUUGUAUGUAAAGUAUGUAUGUGUCUAAACCUGAUUACACAACUUUAUUUACUGAAAAGGAUUCCCAUUAUUAGCAGCGGACUGUCCAAUAUAACAUAGCUAGCAAGUAGCCUCAGCUAACAAAUUGUAUCAAAGAAGUUAGCCAGGUUCGGGGCCCAGCUGGGUGAGAAAAAAACACACACUAGAAACUACAUUUGUGGGGUCCUUAUUGUGCACAACCCAACCUCUGAGUAGUAUCUGUGUCAUAUGUUACACACGUUUACCUUCUUGCUUUGCCAUGUUCCUCCUUGUAUGAGUGUAUGCUUCUGAAUAACUGUAGCCUGCAAUGCUUUAAAGAAGCUUCCAGAGAAUUACGUUCACUUUAUUUCACAGGCUGACAUGAUGUCACAGUUUAUUGUAAAUAGUUUUCCACUAUAGUGUAUCAGUCAUUGAGGUAAUAAAGGAGUACGAUAACUUG